AUGAUAGAAAUGCACCAACAUCUCUAUUAGUGCCUCUAUCCCCAUCCUUCUACACCCGAUUUCCGCGCUUCCGUCGGUUCGCAUCCCAUGGCGUCUGAGGCGCAGCAACCCUUGGUGUCGUCUCACGCACAGCCUGCCAUGGCGUCGCCUCACGUACAGCAGUCCCGCCAGCAGUGGUGGAAACCAGAGCUAGGGUUCCCCUUCCCCUCCGCGUCUGUGCUCGCCUGCCAUGCGUCCGCGCUGCUGCUCGCGGGGAUCAUAAUAUACUGGGUCGUGGAGUUUUACGGUGGCGUCACCAGGGAAAUACAUUGGCAUCCUCUCCUCAUGACCAUCGGCUUCAUCAUCGUCUUCGGCCAAGGAAUCCUGGCCUACCGCCUGCUCCCCUUCUCAAGACCUGCUCGAAAGAUCGCUCAUCUGGUGAUUAACGGCGUGGCUCUGGUGCUGGCGCUGGUGGGAGUAACAGCCGUGUUCAAGUUUUACCAGAUCGAUUCUGUUCAGCACCUUUACAGCCUGCAUUCUUGGUGCGGCUCGGUGGUUCUCGUGCUCUUCGCCUGCCAGGUACUCCUAAAACCCCAACUCUUCGAAAUCUGUCCCAACCCUGAAACCCUAGUGCUGGGGAGGGGUGGUGGAGUUCCAAGGCUUACAAGUUCGAUUCGGUUGAGCACCUUCACAUGGAUCGCUGGUUUUUACACGUUCUUCUAUCCCACCAACACUUACACCGCCCGCGAAACUGCCAAGCCUUGGCACACCUUCAUGGGCAUCUUCCUAUUCUGCCUUGCGCUCGCCACUGCAUCGCAAGGCAUCGCCGAGAAAAUGGCGAAUACCUUCAACAAUGAGGGCGUCAGCAAAAGGAGCCUCUAUUCCGUUGUUGCGAAUCUGGUCGGCCUCGCGAUUUUCACCUACGGUGGAGUAGUUAUUUGGACGGCUACGGUAGUUGACAAGGCACAAGAAGAUGUUGCCUAUAGGAUAUUGGAAUGAUUUUUUUUAUUUUAUUUUUUUGGCCUGCUGCUCUUGUAUCUGAUGGAGGUAUGGCUGGCAUGGCUGGGAGCAUGGCUGGGAGCAUGGCUGGGGGCCUGGCUGGGGGCAUGACUGCUGGGAUGGCUAAAUUGUUGCCAUUUUGAUGGCUCAAGAGGCUCAACAGCAACAGCAGCAGCAGCAGCAGCAGCAGCGGCGGUCUCAGCACAUGGACCCUGUUGCAGUGGCAGGUU